CCUGAAGUUUGAUCUGCAUCUUUACGAAUGAUGGACACAAUGGAGAAGGUCAUGUUCUUUUGUGUUUUUUCAUACAAAAUUAUUCAGAUCACUUCCAGCGAUGUUUCAGAACAUGAUGUGAGUAUUUUACGAGUCCAGCUGAAUGAAAGCAUCACUCUGAACUGCAGCAUGACCGACAGAUACGAAAUCUCCUGGUAUCACCAGAAUCCUGAAUCUGGACGACUAACACUACUGAUGUCUGCCAAGACCAGCAGUGUAGCGGGAAGAAAACUGCUAGUUAGGUACAUUCAAAACCAGAGUCGUCUGACAGUUAAAGCAGAUGUGGGGAUCAACACAGUCUCGCUGGUUAUUUCUGGACUAAUGGAGUCAGAUUCAGGUCUUUAUUUCUGUGGAACAAAAUCAUUGGAAAUGCAGUUUGACAAACCCAUCAGACUACAAAUUGAAGACAAGCUGACAGACAGAGAAGACAAAGUUAAUUCUGUCACAGAACCUCCAGAGGAUGUUGAUAUCACAGAUGAGGUGACUCUGACGGAGCGAGUGCUGAUGUUCGGUGGUGUUGGUCUGGCUGUGUUUGUGUUUUUUCUGGCUACAGUCGUCGCAGGAGGAAUCAUUCACUAUCACGGUUGGCAGAAAGGAUGGGCCGCAGCUAAACGUUCAUCUCUGAUUCAUCACAAAUCAGUUAAAUGACACAUUUGUGUGCUUUAUUUUCCCCUCUAUCCCAAUAAUCAGCAUUGCUGUAGGUUACAACCGAUGGUGGCUCAUUAAUGUGGUUCAGAUGUGGUUCUGUUGGCCAGAUCUCACUUAGACUUCUGUUGUGGCAUUAUUAUAAACUGAAUUCAUGAGGAAAUAUACAUGCUAUCUGUUUUAUGGCACAUAAAGCUUGAUUAAAUAAAAAAUGUUUUCAAUGUUAAAUGUGCUGUUAAGAGUUCUGAUCAAACAAACUGCACUAAAACUAAGAAAUUAUGUGUGUUUGUGCAUUUUCUGGCAGAAAACCUGAUCAUUAGCAAUGCUAAACCUUUUCAAACACCACUGUAUGUGUUCAAUGAUGUCAGAUCUGUUCUCACAGUUUCAGAAAAACAAAAAAAAUGUGUCGCACAAUGAACAAUCAUGAUGUCCUGACUGACUGCAAUAAGAUCAAUAUAUUUACAGCUAAACUGUAACAUGUUUAGAGAUGUUUUGUAUGUCCAUUUAUGCUACAUUUGCAUUUGCUAAUUUACACAAAAUCAUGAAACGACCAACAGAUGGUCAUGAUGCAUUACUGCAGCGACCCCGUAUAUUAUAUCCAUAUAUUAUAAGCUAAAUCUGUGCAGUAAUGCAAACAUCAAAUAAUAAUAAAAGUAUUGGCAUAAAAGUUUAUAAUCUGGAUGUAAACACUUACAACAACUGUGAUCAAAAUGAGUAAAUGACACGUGAAACUAAUGUUACGCUUCAAAUAAAGAUUGUAUCUCUA